AUGUGUUGUCUGCGGCACGUGUUGUGGACACCAGUUCUACGGCUGGACGGCUCCGACAACAGCAACGACUUCUGGGAACUGGUGGACAGCGAGUCGAUAGCGCCGAUCGGCACGUGCGAGAAGAAGGGCGGACUUCUGCAGCCGCCGCUCGGCUUUCGCAAGAAUCCCAGCCAUUGGUCGACAUUCUUGUGCGCCACUCUGGAGGGCGCGGAUGUGGCGCCCAAUAAGCUCUUCAAACAGACCCCUCCCACGCCUCACACCAAUCGCUUUGAAGUGGGAAUGAAGUUGGAAGCGGUCGACAAGAAGAACCCGCGGCUGAUAUGUCCCGCGACGGUGGGCGCCGUCAAUGAGGACAAUAUCUUUGUGACGUUUGACGGCUGGAAGGGUGCGUUCGACUACUGGUGUCCCUACGACUCCAGAGAUAUAUUUCCCGUCGGUUGGUGUCAACGCAGCGGUCAUUUCUUGCAGCCGCCCGGCCUUAAGGGCAAAGCGCAAACACCGGCCAAAGGAAAGGGCAAACAGGCGAACAGCACGUCCACCUCCGCCACCACCGAACAAAAAGUGUCUGAAAACGGGUCCACAAAUGCACAUAAAACUAAUGCAAAUCAUCCCAACACAAGAACCUCUCUGUCGUCGUCGUCAUCGACGGCCACCACUCCGGCCAAGUCGUCGUCCGCAUCGGCGGCGAAGACCGGCGCCGAGUCUGCGUCCGCCGCGCAGUCGUCGUCGAAGCCAUCGAAGUCGAGGCUAACGAACGGCGGAACCGACAACGGCCUCAAAGACGAACUUAUUAUCGAUACCACUGCUCACGAGUCGAGGAGUAGUAGCGGUUACGACCGGAAAGACGGCACCACUCCGUCGCCCAAACAGUUGACACCAAAUAAACAGACGCCGGCGUUGAGUCCGCGCCAGUGCUCUCCCGUCUGCGUAUACGUGAACCACACGUGCGAUUGCGGGCCAUACCUGGCGCGUGAAUCGGUGCGCCGAAUGCCUGUGACGUACGGCCCGGGCUCUCUCAACCGGACGCUGAAAGAGGCGGUGCAGGCCCUCCAGGACUCGGCGAACGUGCCUAAGACGGUGUUCAGUUGCCUGAAGGCGGGCAACGGCCGGAUGAUUGUGAGCGCCCGCUUCGACGGCAAGAACAACGCCCGCAAAAUGCCUCACUUGAACCGCGAGUCGACGUUCUGGUCAUACAUACAGACACUGUUAGAGGAUCUCCACUGCUGUCCGAACCUCAUGUCGGACGAGCGGCUCGAGAGUAGUUGUGAUAAAUGCGCGCCCAGUAGUGGCGCCCCUCAGCCGUCAUCGGCGGCGACCGCACCCAAGGCCUCGACCGCCACAUCGACGACGGCUACGGCCGUCAACGCUAAGAGUACCCCAAAAUUAAAGGCCGAAUCGGUGUCAACAGCGGCGCCCGCUGUCGAUCACCGGCAGAAUCGGAACACCGCCGCAGCGACCAAAUCGGUGGCCACUGAGACGGCUCACGUCGGCGCCCAGACCACGCUGUCGACCACUCCGGCCGUGAAACGCAAAAACAGUGUUUUAGACAACGAUUAUAAGUCAACGCCUGAUUUGAGUACAAGACAGAGUCCGCCGGCGCGGGCGCCCAAAUCACCCAAACUGACCAACACUGCGGCCUCGUCUGCGGCGGCGGCCACAGUGGCCGACAUAUCAACAACGCCUACGCCAUUGCCGCCCGCGUCGGCCACACAUCGGGUGUCCAUUCAGCCCAAUAGGACGGCGAGUGUCGCCACUUCCUCUUCAUUCUCGGGAAACACUACGGGCUUAUUGUCGCCGACAGCGGUGGCGAUGGCGACCACCCCUACGUCGCCGCCGCCGUUGGCCACGAAUCCCGCCGAGUGGACGAUCGACGACGUGAUCAGGCAUUUGGUUACUGUUGACGCGUCCCUCCAAUCGCACGCCGAGACGUUCAGAAAACACGAGAUCGACGGCAAGGCGUUCUUACUAUUGAACAGCGAUAUGAUGAUGAAGUACAUGGGCUUGAAGUUGGGUCCGGCCCUCAAGAUCUGCAAUAUCACCGAACGGCUAAAGUCGACAAACAGCAGACGUGUGUCGAGUUUUUUGCACUGAAAACAACACAACACAACAAAUCGCAUAUAUAUUUAAUACCAAAAUCUAAAUCCGGUUUAAAAACAAUGCUUAACACAAAUCACUGAUAGAUAUAAUUGAUUACAUAUUUCAAUUAAUUGCCCGAAAUGUUUAUGAAAUGAUACUAAAAAAACAAACAAAACAAAUGAUUAUAUGAUUACUAUAUGACAAAAAACUAAUGCAAACAAAAAUUUUAAUGAUUAUUUUGUUAAUAAUGAGUCCCAACACACUGUUAAGCCCCGACAUCC